AUGUCAAAUAAAAUUCAAGCUGGAGAUGUAGCGAAAAAUAUUCAUUUGUGGACAACUGAAAAUACGAAAUUUUCAUUAUUUACUGCAACGGAAAAAUUACCUGUUCUACUUGCUUUUUUUCCAUGUGCGUUUACUAAACAUGAAAAUAAAAUUUUAAAUGGUAUCAAUGAUAAAUAUAAUAAAUUAUUUAAAGAUUUAAAUGUUCGUAUUAUUGGUAUUAGUACAGAUACUCAUUGGACAUUAGAUGCAUAUAAAAAUGAGAAAAAUAUUAGAUUUGAAAUGGCUUCAGAUUUUAAUAAAGACGCAGCUAAAGCUUAUGGAAUACUUAUUGAUAAAUAUUCAUCGUAUGGAUAUAAUGGUGUUGCUAAAGAAGCAUGUUUUCUUAUUGCAUUUGAUAAGAGAGAAAAGAAAAAUUUUAUUGAAUAUAUGAAAGUACUUAAUGAUACGAAUGGCGAAUUUGAUACAGAGAAAGUUGCGAAUCUUAUUAUGAAAAAAUGGGGAAAGAAAGUUAUGUCAAGAAAUGUUGGCAACAAAAAAUUGAAAAGAAAUUAG